AUGGACGAAAAGAAACCUCUGCUCCCCGAACAAACCCCCUCCGACCCACCGCCAGACUACGCAACCUCAGCACAAGAACAUGGGCAAUCCCUCCCAAUCCGGCCACCACCCCCAGUCCCACGCCGGCCUCCACCAGGCGCACUCCUCGACCUCCCAAUCCUAAAAUACAUGCGCACGCACCGCGUAAUCCUCGCCUCCGCCUCCCCACGCCGGCGCGCCCUACUCGCACAAAUGGGCUUACUAAACCUCGAAGUGCGCCCCAGCGGCUCCCCCGAGAACCUCGACAAAACCUCGUUAGGACCAUUCGCAUACGUAUCCGCAACCGCGCAGCAGAAAGCGCUCGACGUAUACGCAUCUCUGAUCGACGAGGCCGCUACCAAGCAAUCCGAGCCCGUACCUCCCCCACCAGUAGAUUCCACCCAAGACCCGCGCUUAGCAGCCGAGUUCAGCGCAAAUGAAGAACGGUCGCGGAAAGAUCCGGAUCUGGUUAUCGCGGCUGAUACCGUGAUUGUCACGCGGGACGGUAUAAUCCUUGAAAAACCAAGUUCCGAAGCCGCGCAUUUGAAGAUGUUGAAACAUCUCCGGGACACGAGGACACAUCGCGUGCUCACGGCUUUAUGCUGUGUAGCGCCGCGCGCUGAUGCGCAGCACCCUGGGUACGUCCUCUCGUCGCAUGUCGAGGAGACGAAGGUCGUGUUUGCAAAAGAAGAAGAUGGGCUGCCGGAUGAUGUUAUCGAGGCGUAUGUGCGAACGCGCGAAGGCGUGGAUAAGGCGGGUGGGUAUGCGGUGCAGGGUCUUGGGGGCGCGUUGUUGGUGGAGAGGGUUGAUGGAGCGGUGGAUAAUGUUAUUGGGUUGCCGGUGCGUAAGUGUCUGCAGCUUUGUGAGAAGGUGGUUUUUAGACAGGAUGAGACGAGUGAUGAUGAAGGGGAGGAGGAUGAGGAAUAA